CUGUCAUUUAUUUUAAGAUAAUUAUUAAGACUUGACAUCAGGCUGAGAUAAGAAAAGGCAAAGGAAAGCCAGACGUACAUAUCGUAUCAGUAUCAGGGAGAUGAUAUUCCUAAUUUUGGUCUUUCUUCUGGGAGGGUUGCGGGAGACAGAAACUGUGUCGGUAAUAGGAGAAUUGGGAAAGGACAUCACAAUAAAAUGCACUCACGUCAACGCAUUUUCCAACAUCAAAUAUUUCUGCAAGGGAGCAUGUCAAGAUGCAGACAUCCUAAUAAGUAGCAGAAAAAAGGAGAAAGGUUCAAAUGACAAAUACAGUAUUUUAGAUGAAGGAAACACGUUCAAGGUGACCAUCUUUCAUCUGACGCAGAAGGACUCAGGAACCUACUGGUGUGGAAUAGAGAGAAUUGGUGUCGACACGUACAAUAUGGUAGACCUCACAGUCAUAAUGGGAAAACCCGAUGAGGCAACAUAUGCUUUAUCCUCUAAAAAGCUGGUGUAUGUCGGAGCAGGGCUUGGGGUAGUUGUGCUGACUCUGGCGAUUGUCCUUCUAAUAUUCUUCAGACAUCGAAACAGAGACAUCACAACAUCUUCUGGAAAGGACACUGUUUAUGCAUCACUAUCCAGUCAGAAACAAGGUGCACACCACAUCACUACUUCCUCUUCAACAGCCAAUGAGGACCAAGAAACAGAUGGCACGACUGACGACAUCUUCAGAUCGUCGUCCGUUCAGCAUCAAGAUACCAGCAGAGAUCAUGCAGACAAUAUUUACUCCAAUGUCACUGUUUCAUCAGAGCCUCAGAUCCAACCAGACAGUCUCUUCUACUCCACUGUUAGCUUCAACAAACACACCGACUGCACCUCAGUCACACCUCGCACUGCAUCAGCUACGUAUGCCAGCAUUAAACACAUUUUGACAGAUGAAUCAACAGUCUAUUGCGAUGUCUGAACUCAGUGCUGCCAUCUUUACAGUUGAGUAGCCUACAGUAUCUUCCUAAGAAUUUGUGCUUUGCUAAACAGCCAGUACGCACCGCUGAGAUACAGUUCUGUUUUAAGGCUGAAUGAAUAUUUAUUUUAAUAAUUCUGAAUUUAUUUACUUUUAAAAUGAUUAAAAUACUAAUUAAA